UGCUGGUGUGAAUGCAGUCUUCUCAGGAAGGUCCGCACAGAGAGUCAGACACACGGGCAGUAAUGAAUAGAGCCUGACCCGCAGGCGGCUGGAUAUUGACGAUAAACGUGUCUUGAGCGCUAGAGACUGGCCGUGGGGGGUUUUCCCGUGGAAAGGUUUCGUUAGUAGCGCUAGGGGAGUUCAAGAUUGUGCUGAGAUGCCACAGAAACCAGACUCGCCCUGACAGUAGCAGACUAGACACACCUGAGCAGACAGGUGGCAGCCCCACCCUAUACACAGCACCAGGCUGGACUCCAAAUCAUAUAUUAGGAGGAUUUGAGUUAGCGUGCAUGACAGAUUGUCACGUUAAACACGAGCAGCACUAACGCAGACGCAACCUGGAGUGUCUUAUAUAACUUAGAAAGCUCUCCUGCAUCAGAAGUGCCGUCGUCCUCACUCAGUCACAUUCUGGUGGUUCGACCCGUUCCUGUCCUGCCUGACCGGUGGGGGUGUUGGUCAGACAGCGGGCAGUGCCAUGCCCCAGGCGUAAGUACGUGUCUCCUGGCAGACUCGGGCGUGGUGGUCCGCCGGUUGGCGUCUGGCUGCAGGAGGUGAUGAAGCUGAAGCAGCGUGUGGUGGUGCUGUGCGCUGUGCUCUUUCUCCUCGGCCUGGCCAAGGUCUUCCUGCUGGAUGGAGGGGAGGGAUCGGCCGCCAGCCGCCGUGACCUCCGGGACUUCCGCAAGAUGGAGGCCAGCCUGGUCCUGGCCAAAGAAGCUCGCCUCACGCACACCUUGCAGUCGCCCUGGGAAGUGGCCGCCCAGUGGGUGGGUCCCCGGGAGGUGUUCCCAGACGAAACGCCCGAGCUAGCAGCCGUGCUGAACGCCCUGGCCACCGCUCGCGUAGAGAGGGCCGACGUGGGCUAUAAAGGCACCCAGCUGAAAGCCCUGCUGGUGCUCGACGGAGGACAGAAAGUGGUAUUCAAACCCAAGAGGAUCCUGGGUUUUAGAAGAGCGCCCCUGGUGGUGGGGAGGUUUAUGAAUCUGCGUACAGAGAUUAAGCCAGUAGCUACAGAUCAACUGCUGAGCACUUUCCUGAUGCACGGAAAUAAUACAUGUUUCUAUGGGAAGUGUUAUUACUGUCGUGAGACUGAGCCUGCGUGUGCAGAGGGGGAUGUGAUGGAGGGAUCGGUUACCCUGUGGCUCCCUGACGUCUGGCCCUUACAGAAACACAGACACCCAUGGGGACGGACAUACCGAGAGGGCAAACUCGCCAGGUGGGAGUAUGAUGAGAGCUACUGCGAGGCCGUGAAGAAAAUGCCUCCUUACGAUGCCGGUCCACGGCUCCUGGAUGUUAUCGACACAGCCAUCUUUGAUUACCUUAUCGGUAAUGCGGAUCGCCAUCACUAUGAGAGUUUCCAGGAUGAUGGAGGAGCCAGUAUGCUCAUCCUUCUGGACAACGCCAAAAGUUUUGGGAACCCAGCUCUGGACGAGAGGAGUAUUCUCGCUCCUCUUUAUCAGUGUUGCAUGGUCCGUGUUUCCACCUGGAACAGACUAAAUCUGCUGAAAGGUGGAGUGUUGAGUUCAGCGAUGCGACAGGCCACGGCCCAUGAUCCCGUGUUUCCAGUGCUGACGGGGCCACAUCUCGCCGCGCUCGACCGCCGUCUCAACGGGGUGCUGGCCACCGUGCGGCAGUGCAUGGAGACGCAGGGCGCCGACAACACGCUGAUCGAGGACCGCAUGAACCUGCCUCAUCCUUAAACACACUGGUGAAACAAGGGAAGUGAAAAGGUGUUUGACUCUUAAUGCACAGGCUCCUUUCGCCUUCCUGCUAUGGAGCCAGAGAACCGGAGGCCACAAGAAGCCUUAAGAGCCAACCUGGUGGAGUUUGUUUGUCACUGGAUUCAUUCAAGUCAGACCACAGAGGCCAAGAAGACUCUCCAUACUGUUUUUUUUUUUUCUUGCUCUCUGGAUGGAGUGAAGAGGCUUUGACAACAUGUAGGUGGUGUAAACUUCACCCGUUUUCAGUUAUUGUUUUUCUUCCUGGUUCACUCUGUCUUUUCUCUUUUGCCACUUAAGCCUGUUUGCAGGAAGAUGGAUGAACCGUUUUUCAGAGUUACAAAUAUGGAACUUGAAAUGAGAUCUUUGGAGUAAUUAGACUCAGGAAGCUGGAAAGUGACCAAGAUGGAUCCAGAUGACUAUUAACAGACCUUUGGAGAAGAUCUCUCACAUUGUACAUGCAGAACAACCUUUUGAAUAAUACUGAGUAAUAAUAUUAUUGAUCUAAAGAUAAAAUGAAUUAUGAUAGACUCGCUUUGUUCUGUAUCCAGGAUGAAUACAGUGUUGAACAGAGCUGGGCGGCUGUUGCUACUGAUGUUCAGAGAAGAUGAUUCAGACGACAGCAUUCUAAGAUUGCUAACCUCACUGGAGAAAUGUAGCAUUACAUCACUUGC